AUGGCUGUGGUGAUCGAAACAAGGGACCAGGAUCCCCUCCGCGGUACCGCGUCCGUUCUUAGCUGGUAUGAUAGCACCCGGCCGAUGUUCAUCGACCUCGUCGGCGACUAUGCAGGCAAAGAACUUUUUCUCGUUGAGGGCGAUUCCCUUCUCAGAGAGUGUUUCGAGGAUGAACGCAUCGAUUUUGACUCCGGAUUUCAAAUUCUUCAUUUUGUCUAUGUGGUGGAAAAAUUCUUAGAGAAUCUUAAGAAGCGCCAUUGCUCGUUUCAUAUUGCAUUCUUUGAAGAAAACGCCCGACUAUGUAUUCCGCCGGGAGUCAACACCACACAUCGAUCACGAUACCUACUAGCGAGAACUGUCAUCAAGCACCAUUUAUCUCUUCGUCUACCUGGAGCUUAUCCAGAUGUGGAGGUCAAUGUAUUUCCCGCCUUGAAGAGUAAGGAGUUUGCAGACUAUCUCCACGACACGCCUAUUCACUUUGUGAUGAUGCAUGAUGGCUCUUCUCGGUCCAAGAGGAUAACGGAAGCCGACUCCAAGGAGGAUGAAGAUCUCGUCAAGAUCUUACUCAGGGGCGCGAUUUGGUGGUGGAAUACACAUAGGCUGAAUGUGUCGCUCAUUAAUCGCAUCGAGUUCCGAGACUCCAAAGUUUUCACCAUGAUUGUUGAGAGUUUCACCGCUUCCAGCAAGCGCAAGCUUUUAAUGACCAGCAAUUUUACUAAGGAGAUUAAAGAGACGGGACAAAAAUUGCAGAACCUCCGCGAAGGUGAUGUGAAAGGAACGGAAGCCGACGAGACAGACUUGGAAGAUCUAUCGGGAUGUCCACCUGGUGUCACGACCUCCGAAUCUUACUUUCUCGCCGCCUUUGGGGUAUCUGAAUUACUCAACAACGAGGAUUGUGAUAUUCCAUUAGCUUCGGCAUUCAUAUUGCACAGCAUCACUCUGAAGCACACGGCUUUGUCUGAACGCCGUCUGCCGCUAAUUAAAUUUGAUGAUGCAUUCGAGAUCGUAAUUGACGAACUUCUGGCAAAAUUAUCAAAUGUCUUUCAGCACACGCUAGAAGAUCAAAGUUGGGCUCACUUUGUGAAGGAACGCCAGCUCGACAUUGAUACCAUUGAUAUCAUCGACGGGCGCGUCUUUCGUGCGGUCAUACAAGCGAUGCGAACAACGGAUAUUGAGUCAAAACUGUCUGCUGGCGCGACUAAAGACUGGAAGAUGAUGUCUCGCAUAGUCAUGCACCUGGCCGAGGAAGAGCUUUCCAUGAAGGGCAGCGCCAAAGUGAAAAGUGUGGACAUCGAGAAAGUAAAGCAGGAGGCUGACCCAGCUACCGAAAACUUAGCUGUCUUGCCCUUCUCUCACCCUGUAUUUGAUAAGCACCUAGAGUGUAUCCAUGUGGAAACCGACAAUUCGCUCCCCGCUAAGCUCGGCUCUAUGCGAUUGUUCAGAGAGACAACUCAUUGGCACAAUUACAAAAAGCCACUUAAUCCGAAGGCUCCAGUUGUUGUCAAGGUAUCAAAAUGGAGAAACCCUCUAAGAAUGAAUCAGUUCUACAUGAAAGAAAUGACUGCUUAUGCGGCCAGUUUAACAGGAGCCAAAGGGAAAGCAUUGGAACCCGAGACCAUCACUGUCGGUCCUAAGCAUCUCGUCAAGAUUGUGGAGAGCAAGCCUGCAAGUGGACCAGCAGCUAAGAAACUCGAGGCUGCCAACAAACAAGGAGAUAAGGGCAAGGCGGUUGCGAAAAAGGGCUCAAAGAACGCUGCGGCGGGGCUUUCGGCGAAAGAUAAGAUGAUCGCUGAUAAUGAAAAACGUCGCGACGUUCUCGAAGGUAACAAGGCAUUCAGUGCCUGGGCUAUGAAGAAAAAGGAAUUCGAUUUGAUUUCCAGCGAUCAAGAACGAUAUUUGAAAACCGAUGAAUAUCUCAAAGGCCUGGAUGCCACGAAAACAAACUACUUGGAGGGCGAACUUAACACUUACGCUCUUCAAUCUCUAUUAUCUUGGUGGUCUGAGGUCGCCAAGACGAAAAACAAAUCCGCAGGAUAUCACAUUGUAGCCUUGAUCUGGACCAGAAUUCGGACCAUCUGUGGCUUAACAUCCGCUGUGAGCAAGGACAUUGAAACAGAGGUCACAAAAGUCUGUAAACUUUUGGGCAUCGAAGAUGUGUUAACUCAAUUCUCCUCUUCGCCCACCGAUCGCAAACUCUCUUUCGCUUUCAAAUAUCCUACUUCAACGCAACACCUUCGAAUUGACAUGUCUCAGUCUGAAUUCCAGCUCAAUCAUUGCGGCCCAUAUAUGGACCGAAAUCUGGAUGCAAAACCUGACGCUCGAGUCUCAAGUUUCGUUCCUGAUGGAUGGCAACGAGACGUUCUAGAUCAACUCGACGCAAAUAAGAGUGUAUUCGUUGUAGCUCCAACAUCGGCCGGUAAAACUUUCAUCAGUUUUUACGCCAUGGAACAAGUCUUGCGAGCCGAUAAUGACGGAGUUUUGAUUUACGUUGCACCAACCAAAGCUCUUGUCAAUCAAAUUGCCGCAGAAGUUCAGGGUCGUUUCUCGAAAAAGUUCAACCUUACCGGGAAGGGUGUUUGGGCAAUUCAUACACGUGAUUACAGAAUUGGUAACUCUACAGGAUGUCAGAUUCUGGUUACGGUCCCACAUAUUCUCCAAAUCAUGCUUCUAUCUCCCUCGAAUUCGAAGUCGUGGGCGCCGAGAGUUCGACGAAUCAUUUUCGAUGAAAUACACUCCAUUGGACAGGCAGAGGAUGGUGUUGUUUGGGAACAAUUGCUGUUGCUCGCCCCAUGCCCAAUUAUCGCGCUUUCUGCCACUGUUGGCAACCCAGAGCAGUUUAAUGACUGGCUUAUCGAAACCCAGAAGGCUACUGGUACAGAGUUGAAGAUGAUCCAGCACGGUACGAGAUAUUCAGAUCUUCGAAAGUAUAUGUAUGAGCCACCAAAGUCUUUCAAGUUUGAAGGUUUUGGUGUUCCUAACCGUGCUGGUCUCGGCCUCGACGGCUUGACCGGCUUCGAGACCUUUCACCCCGUUGCAAGUCUGGUUGACAAAUCUAGAGGGAUGCCAGAUGAUCUUGCAUUGGAGCCACGUGAUUGUCUUUCCUUAUGGAAAGCAAUGGUGAAGUGUCAAACUGGUAACUUCAAGGUACCAAGCUCGCUGGACCCAGCUAAAGCACUCCCAAAGUGUAUCCGUAAACUGGACAUCUUUGCGUGGGAGAAGGAAUUAAAGAAGGUUCUCUUAAAGUGGAUGGCCGAUUCCAAAUCACCCUUUGAUCAGGUAGUUGCAGAAUUGAUGCCCAAGACCGGGGCUUUGGAGAAUAGCAACGAAGAAUCUUCACCGACAUCAUCCAUUGCUGAUAACAAUACUAUAAAUCCACUCGACCUGAAAGAUACGACAUUACCACUCCUUUAUCAACUACACAGCCGUCGGGCACUUCCUGCUAUAUUAUUUAAUUAUGAUCGCGGGCAGUGUGAAUCCAUUGCUUAUGCCAUUCUUGCCCAACUUCAGGAGGCAGAGUCCCGAUGGAAAGAAGGUUCGGAAUGGAAAAGGUGGAUGGAAGGCUACGAAGUGUACAAAGCAGAGAAAGACAAAAAGUCACGGAAGCCCGCUAAGCCCGCAAAGAAGACAAAGGAUACAGAUGAUGAGGGUGGAUCCAAAAUGGAUCGUAUGCGUGAGGAAGCUACAGAUGGUUCCUCCAAAUAUGAUCUAUUUGAUCCGGAAGCUCCUCAAGCGGAAUUUAGCUUUGCUGAUCCCAAGAAACUCCAAAAAUCAGAACUUGACGAUUUCAUCAAAGCUCUUCGGUGGAAAGAUAUUAAGGAAGAAUUAAUUGAACUACUCAAGCGAGGUGUAGGUAUCCAUCACUCCGGUAUGAACAGAAAGUACCGACAAUGUGUGGAGAUGCUGUUCCGAAAAGGCUUCUUACGAGUCGUAGUUGCUACUGGCACACUGAGCUUGGGUAUCAAUAUGCCUUGUGCUACUGUUGUAUUCAGUGGUGACUCUGUUUUUUUGACGGCUCUUAAUUUUAGACAAGCAGCUGGUCGUUCAGGUCGUCGUGGUUUUGAUCUGCUCGGAAAUGUUGUGUUCCAAGGAAUCUCCAGAGAAAGAGCAAGUCGCUUACUGAGCUCAAGAUUGCCCGAGCUAACCGGUCAUUUCCCAAUUACAACUACUCUAGUCCUCCGGCUUUUCACACUCUUGAAUGGCUCCAAGUCCGAGUAUGCGGAGAAGGCCGUGAACUCACUUUUGUCACAGCCACGACUAUAUCUCGGAGGCCAAAGCUUCAAAGAGCAGGUUUUACAUCAUCUUCGGUUUUCUAUCGAGUAUUUGCGUCGAAAUGAUCUACUUGGUCCGAAUGGAGAGCCUGUAAAUUUUACGAGUUGUGUUUCCCAUCUUUAUUUCACGGAGAAUUCCAGUUUUGCGUUCCAUGCUCUACUCAAAGGAAGGUUUUUCCAUGAACUUUGUGCGGAUAUUGAUACCAAGACUGAUAUGGUUCUACAAAAGAUGAUCUUGGUUCUCAGUCAUCUGUUUGGACGACGCGUGUGCAGAGAAAUUGAUGAUCCAGAAGAGGCGGAAGCCAUCAAACGAUCUCCUUCCAUUGUGUACUUGCCAUCCAUGCCCGAAGAAGCUACCCAAAUUUUACGCAAGCAUAAUAAGGAUACCCUCGAAAUCUUUUCAACAUAUGUCAAAACAUUCGCCGCACAGCAUGUCAAAGAGGAGCAAAAUUCGUUACCUCUUACCCACACACAUGUUGGUGGAAGUUCUGCGGCCCAGAAAACAAAUGGCGAAACUCUUUCAAAUGGAUCAGCAAAGGUUAAUGGUAAUACCAAGACCGAGACAAAUAAUGAUAGCUACCUGCCAAGUCUGCCGGCUCCGCAUGCGCGAUCCGCCUUUGUAGCGCUUUCUGGUCUUGGUGAUAAAUUUGACACCAUUGAAGAUCUAUGCUCUUCUACCCGAGAAGGAGUCUUCCUUGAAGCAGCUGUCAUUCCGCAUUUGGAGAUUCAUCCAGACGAAACUAGGACCCCUUUGAACGCAUAUCUGCUCGACUUUUACAUGCACGGUGCUCUUGAGCCACUUGAGCUUGCCAAUGGCAUCAGAAAAUCCGAUGUCUGGUUCGUCCUCAACGACUUCUCCAUGAUCCUCGCCACAAUCGUAACCUCCCUCGCCGUCUACCUCGGCCUAGGAACCGACGCCGACCCGGAAAUGCUCGACGUCAUGGGCAGCGGCGACACGAUCGAAAACGACGGCGACGAAAAACUCGCAGUCAACACGGAACCGCAAGAAUCGUCCGCACCCAUGAAGAUCGGCACGCCCAUCCAACCCCCUCCUGUGAUGAAGAAAGGCAAGAAAGUCGCGGAUGAUUGGGACGCGAGUGAGGAUACCAUGACUGCGGAGGAAGACUAUCUGAAGGAGAAGGGCAUGGAGAAUAGUGCUGUGACGGAUGAUGAGGAGUAUGAGCAGUUGAUGAAUGUGUAUAAGGCGUUUAGGAAGCUGAAGACGCAGUUUGAUGAGAAGUUUUAUGCUAUUUGGGCUUAG